GCACGGUAAGGGAAAAAAGAUGGCGGCAGUGUGGUUGAUCGAUCGUGUGAUUUAUUUUUAAUUAAAUGGUGGAGAGGAAUGAACUUAUCAAGUGUUCUCAUCAAUUAGAAAUGGCAAAAGCCAAGGGAAAUGCUCAGGUAAUUCCCGGAGAGGCGUACGAAUCGGACGAAGAUGUGGAAGUAUCGCAUUUUAUGUCUCCUCCCGACAUGAGAAAGACGCCACUCUUUUUACAAGGAAUUGUAGUUUCGGGUGAAGCGUCCGAAUCCGACGAAGAGAUAUGUUCGGGUCCGACCAGUGCUUCUUAUGCUACAGGAGAACAAAAUUUUGACUUGCGAUGUUCUUCCUCUGAGAGUGUCGAAAAGAUGGACAUACCCAAAUUUGAAGAGCGGCUUAGAUACAACACAUUACUUCAUCGAAAGCUAAGAGAGAAAAAUCAAAGUUUACAUAAAAAUUUAAUUGAAAUGGCUUGCCAACCGUAUCAAUCUGCUGCCAAAGAGAUAGGAAGCAUUUCUCAACAAUUAAUAAAAUCACAAAUUCUUGUCCAGGAAGUCUCCUCGACUCUUCGCAGAUUGACGAACGAUCUGUUUCAGUUGGAAGACAAAGUCCAGACUAUUCGAAGUUGUACUUUACUACCGGAUAUUAAUAUUAGUCCACCCGUAAGCCCCGAUAUUUAGAAUAGUCCGCAUAUAAGAGUAUACUACAAAUCCAUCUAUUCGGACCAUUAAUGAAUUUUUAAAAUUUGUUUAGCAAUAUAUUUACAAUACAGGUCGAGGCCACAAUCGUCGGAGUUUUCCAAUGCCAUUGUUCGAUUUGUCGUUUUAAAAUAUUUGAUCCAUUCUAUGUGAGUUGCUUGACUUACAAGAUAAAUUUUUAAGUAUUUUGAGAAAUUUCUUGUUUAGAAUGUUAUAUACGGAGAAUUCGGAAGAAUUCCGCAAUUUGCAAUUGCUACGGAGUGAAUUUUGUUUGUGAGAAAUUGAAAAGAAACAUUCCAAAUUCCAACUUGAUAUUUAAUUAUACAUUGUGAUUAUGUAAAGUAUACAGAUGUAAAUUAAUAAACAAAGAAAUAAUUUACAUAUAUUAUUAUUUUUACUGUAAGUAAGGUUGGUUUGAGCCUAUUAUUGACACAUCAUCACUUUGUAGUUAGCAUAGGUUGACUAAUUAUAAUAGUUUAAUAGUAAAGCAUUAAAGCAAAAUGGAUAUAAAUAGAUCACUAUAUAAUCUAGAUUACGGUUCUCGGCCUGGUUUUUGAGCCUUUCCAUGUUGUAAUCUAAGUUUGGUGUUAAAAAUACUACAAAAUUAAAACUUAAAUAGGAAUUAUCACCAAUAUAGAAAUGUGAAUCCAUCAAAUUACUUCUAUGAGAAAGAAAUAAAUAGAAAUGGAAUGGAUAAUCAUAAGGGAGCAUUUCCGUUCUGCAUUCCUUGUGCCUAACAGCUAAAUUCAUUGCACUCGAAGCCCAAUAAUGGGGAAAUACCAUACUAGUUACAUAAACUGUUGCAUGGUAUUAUCCAGCUUAAAAUUUCAGUACAAUUUUGUGUUUUCCAUAUGUUCAGAUUAAACAAUUUUUGAGAAAAUGAAAUAAAUAAAUGCUUUCUAUUUGUUAAUUUACAGGGUAAUGGCUCCAGCCAGUAUACAGGAUUUAACUGGUUCUGUGCACAAGGAACAAGUCGCAGUUGUUCCAAGUGCACAGACACUUCAAAACGGUAUAUUAUUUACAAAGGAGAUUAGGCAAACGAAAGGGGUUCGAGUCAUUACAAAUUAAUAGUUAUAUUAGGAAAAAGUAGGCAAAAUGUUUUUGAAAUUGAGCCACCUUAAGCAGUGGUCCUAGCAAUUUCCAACCGUGCGAGUUGCAUGCAUCUUCUCGUGGUCGCAUUGCUUGUUGGCGUUGCAACUUGGGAACACGUAACCUUAUAAUAAGUCAACAUCCACUUUGUCUGC